AACAUCCUGGGGACGCGUGCCUCUUCGGUCCGCUGCCCCGGCAAAUGUCCGUCCUGUCCUCCGCGCGGGCGCCUAUAUAACCGCCCCGGCUCAGGCGGACUGCUCGUACAGGACAGCCAGCCGGCUCGCCUGCCGCUUCCCGCAGUUGCAGCAGUGGCUGAGAAGUGUUACCCGUUAAUCAACUCAGAGCCAGCGGCGGGACGAGACAUGAGGAAAUGGGUGGUGUUCUUGUGGGGAGCUCUGCUCGCUGCAGUAGCCAACUCCGACGCCAGCUACGCCAGCGCGUACGGCUACAACGACAACAGGGACUACUACAACUACAACCCUCGCGGCUACGACUCCGGCUACGGCAACAGGUUGGACUCGGGAGGCUACGCGGGGUGGGACAGCUACGGCAGCAGGGACUACUACGGGGGCGGUAAGGCCGGCUACGGGGGCAGCUGGGGCGGCGGCUACGGCGGCUACCGGCCGUCCGGCUCCUACUACGACUCGCGCAGGGGCUACGAAGGCGCCGGGGGCUACGGCAACGGUUACAGCUAUGGCCUUGGCAGCAGGUACGGUGGAGGUGGCUACGGUGGUGCCGGCGGCGGGUACGGCGGCUACCGGCCAGGCAACAGCUACUACGACUACGACAGCUACAAGCCAGCGAGGAACGACUACGUAGGCGGGAGCCGCUACUACGGCGGUAGCUACGAGCCACACUACUAUGGCGGCGGCUACGGCGGCGGCGGCUACAGUGGUGGCUACGGCGGUAGUGGUGGCUACGGUGGUAGUGGUGGCUACGGCGGUAGUGGCGGCUACGGCGGCAGUGGCUACGGAAGUGGCUACGGCAGCGGCUACGGUAGUGGCUACGGUGGUGGUGGGAGCUACGGCCAGGGCGGUUACAACAACUACCGUUCCGGCUGGUGGUGACAUUCAAGUAGCUGACCGAUGUGCAUGGCUGUGAGAAAGGAACUCUGAAAGAACAUACAUUAUGCAACUAAUAGUUUUACUAGUUUCUUCGAUUCUUUAUUUUCUUGGAGGAUACAUCCACUCUUAGACAUGCUCACAACAAAAUUAAUUGUUUAAUUUUAGAGGACUGAAAUUAAAAUCUAAUGAUUAACUAUAAUAAAUUAGAUAUUCAAUUACAACAAUUUAAUAUCAAUUCACCAUUAAUGGUGUUUUACAAUAUUUUUAACAAAAAAUUUAAAACUAGACACAUAAUUCUCAUAUAUUUUAGAGAUGCUUGGUGUAUUACUAUGUCCUCUAGAAAAAUAAUAAAUUCACUUUUUUGCUUUGAGUAUAAAGUCUGGGACAGACGAAGAAUACCUUGUUUGAUACAAAAUAAUCAUUAAAAUUUUAUGUAACAAAAAGCUUAAAAUAAUCGUUGUAGCGUGUGUUUUGGUAAAUUUAUUCACGUGCAUAAAAAUAUUGAGAAUAACACAGGCAUAUGAAUCUCAUGUGGAAUAAAUAAACUAUUCUUUAAUUGGCAAAAAUUGCUUGAAGAAGUAAAAAAAAAAUAUGUCAUUGUUUGUGUUAUUGAAUUCAAAAAGAUCUCUAGAAUUUUUUAAAUUCUGUGAAUUACGAAAUCAUCACUUAGAUAAGUCAUAAUAUAGUUGCUAUCACCUAGAAGUAUAUACACAAUUAUAGUCGUCAUUAGUUUUGUUUGCGAAAAAAAUCUUCUUAAUAACUUUUUUGUAUUUGUAAUUGUAUUUUUGUACUGAGUGAUCAAUAAAAAUUUUAUGAAAUGAAACUAAGAAA